AUGUGCCGAGAGCGGGAGGCGAACGGCUUCAACAGCGGGAUGGGCGAGAUCUUCCGCAAGGUUGCCUCCAUCUCCCCCGUGGCCAUCUCUCCGCGGCUGCAGGCGGACGCGCCGCAGACCGCGGAGCAGACGACGGAGGCCGUCGAGCCGGCGGGCAGUGGGGCGGGCGCGGCUGCCGAGGCGGCGGAGGAGAAGGGCUCCUGCCCGCAGGCGGAGGUGAGGUGA